AUGGCGGGGCGCACUCCCCAGGAAGCUAUCGAGCUCUUCAGUAGCGACGAGGAGGUACCAGGCGACGACGGCGCCGAUAAUAGCUCUUGGUCGGACGACGACGCACCUCGCAACAGCGACAGCGAUUCAGGCGACUUGUUUCCGCCUGUAGAAGCGGCAGUGGGAGACGAGGAUGAUGAGAGUGAUGAAGAUGCGGAUGUGGAGGUACAAAGUUCAACCCAACCACCCCAGCGUAGCGCCACACCAGACACACCCAACAUGCCUAACUUACCCCGGCGACAACCUUACGUAAUGGAUCACACUGCGGCAUCGCUACCCAUUGCCGUCGGCGUCUCCGUGCCGUCGGCGUUUGCCAGUGCCGGCAUCACUGAAUCCGCUCAUUUCAAUCAGUGGCUUCAAAGCCUAUCUGACCCGUCCGUGCGGGCUCCUCCUUACUCUGAACAUAUGUCCGGCCUACAUGCCGCCAAUGCGUUCCAGUUACAGACAAGUCUUCAGCGUGAGGCGGUGAACCUUCACACAUGGCGUCAACUGCUGGCAAGAUCAGAGAGCGAGAUAUUGGAGACGGAUCGGUUACGGUGGAUUAUUGCUCGCAUGUCUACGAGCCCAUUGAUGCGCGCCGCUGCUGCCGUGCAGGGAGCAGAUCUGCGUUUACCGGAGACGCUGUUGAAUCGCGCCGCCGCACCGCCACCCAACCUGACGUACAGACCGCCGGGAAGCGCCAACAACGAAGCAGAACCAUCCUCUUCUACGGCUUCGUCCCGUCCGGCACUCGAAUCAGGCGCUUCAAGCACCAGGCCUCAGGGAAAGGCGCUUGCAGAUGUUCGUCCUGUGACAUUCGGCGCUCCGGACAGCGAUACCGUGAACAAACUUCCUAGUAGCGGGGCUCUUGGAAUGGCAGAGAAGUCGCAAGGGGCUGGUAAGCCGUCCAAGGUCGCGCGGCAGCACACUACGAAACAGGCCGUUCCAACCGGCGGCAAAGCUGGCGCAGUCGGUACGUCUGGUGCAGAAUGCGCGGUCGCAGGUCCUUCCGGCCUCAGUAAAGGCUCUACGUCGUCUUCAUGGGGCAAUGCCAUUGCUGGACCGUCUUCCAGCGCCGCUGCAGUGCCACUUGCCAGGCCGUCAACAUCGUCAAGCGUUGGCGCCAGACAUACUGAUCGCCACCGCAGCCGUGCUCGGGCCGCUGAUGGGACAGAGUAUCGCCAGGGUGAUCGACGCCGUCGCUCAGCAUCGCCUGAUGCGAACUCGAACUCGAAGCGGGUGCGCCGGGACUAUUGA